CUGCCACUGUCUACAAGGGGCAAAAUCCACACCCACCAAACACCCCAGGCCAUCGGAUGCGCGACGCCCAAGGCUGACCUCGAAGCCUUGUUGCGUCUGCAGCAGGCCUGUUGUGUUUAAGCAUAUGCGUAACUUUGUUUUUGCGUUUUCGUCUCUUUUUUUUGUCCCCCAGGCCAAGGCAGCUUAGUUUUCCCGAUUUUGCGGGAUAAAGUUGAGUCAGCAUGGCCGCUGUCACGGACCCAGUGAACCCCUCCAAUUCCGGCGUGGUGGUUGACUUUGGGUUACCAACUCCGCCGGCCACCGAUCCCGUCGACGAAUUAAACUCUCUUACUGUGCUCGACGUUUUAGAUUCCGACUCCCGUCCGACCUUUGUUCUCGACCUCGAUCCCGACACAAGCCCCGAGCGACUGGAGGCGAUCGUGCCCGUGUUUUGCAACGCCGCCCUCCGCCAGCAUGAGCGUUUGUACGACGGCAUCGUCGGCCUCGACGCGUCCGGAGUUGCCGAACCCUCGGUGGAUGGAGCCCCCGAGAUUCAAUCCGUCGAGGCGAGAAGCUAUGCCUACCACGACUUUCGUCGCUGGGCCACGGGCGUCACGCCUCACGACGACAGCAAAGACGUCUUCCCCCUCUCGAUCCUCUACGCCGAUCUGCUCUGGACCGGCUCCACCGUCCACAAGCGCUGGCGCAUCGUUAGUGGCAACAGAUUAUGGCGGUUCGCCGAUACCGAUGCAGAUUCUACACUGGCCGAGCUGAACCCGGAUGGAAAGGCCACGUCGCCGUUUAGUUCACAGCGUGGCGGUCGUUCCCCAGAAGACCGAUUGAAGAGACAGGCCAGCAACGAUGCGACGGUCAGGGCUCAAAAGCAGGACGAGAAGGCCAAAAGUCUACGAUUGGUCGCGCGAGAGAGAAAGAAAUCCAUUGCUCUAGAUGUUGUCGAUAAGCCGGUUUUGACUAUCGCUUUACCUUCAGACACAUCUCCGGGUGCGACUCUCGUCUCGUCCUCACGACCUCCCAACUCGUUGACGUCCUACUUUCCACCCGAUGGCAGCUCCAACGACACGGGCACCGGCACCGGCAGCUCGUCGUAUCAACCAACAAUACCUUUAAAGGCGUCAGUACCGGAAAAGGCAGUGGCAGACUGGACAGUCCCCGAGAACAAACUACAAGGCGUGCUCACGGAGCACCUCAAGUUCGCCAGAUCGGUCGACUGGGCCAAUACGCCUUUGGGCCCUAUGGAGUCUUGGUCCGCCGAGUUUCGCCAGGUUGCGAACCUGAUCAUGACGAAUCCGUUCCCGGCAGCCCUGUUUUGGGGUAGCGAGCUGACGAUGCUUUACAACGAGGCCUAUGCACGCGAGGUCGCUGGCAACAAACACCCUUCGCUCAUGGGCACGGGGUUUUCGGGCCCCUUUGCUGAGCUGUGGGAUUAUGCCGGGCCCGUGUUUGCCGAAUGUGCGAGGACCGGCGUCGCCGUGCGCAAGGAGAAUGACUACCUACCGAUCGACAGGCAUAGCUUGUUGGAGGAGACGUUUUAUUCCUGGGGUUUCGUUCCGCUGUAUGGCGGCACCAGCCGCAUCCUUGGAUUUUACAACGCACCGUUCGAGACCACAACCCAGGUGCUGAACCAACGUUAUUUGACGACCAUCAACAACCUAGGCGCUCAUGCGGCUCACGCCAAGACGGUCAAGCAGUUCUGGAAACGUGUGUUGGAAUCUCUCGCGGAAAACAUCUUUGACGUGCCGUUUGCGCUCUUGUAUUCGGUCGGUGACUCGGGCGAGGAUGAAGAGAACACAUCAACCUCGUCGGGGAGCACACUGUCUCUCAAGUCGUGCUACCUUGAGGGCACGAUUGCGGUCCCCGAAGGCCACGUUGCUGCGCCCAAACAGCUAGAUUUGAAGCGGUCUUGGGAAGGUUUCGUCCCGACUUUCCGAGAGGCAAUGCGGACCAGAGAACCGACCCUCUUGCAUACACGAGACGGCACCCUGCCAGAGUCGCUCUUGGAGGGGAUUACCUGGCGAGGAUUUGGCGACCCUUGCCGCGAGGCCAUCAUCUUUCCCGUUCGCCCAACCAAUGGCGACGUCGUCAUGGCCUUUCUCGUUUUGGGUGUCAACCCAAGGCGUCCACUCGAUGACGCUCAUCGGGCGUUUAUCAGCAUGCUCAACCGACAGCUGGCGACGUCUCUAGCAUCGGCGAUUCUGUUCGAGGACGAGGUCCGUCGCGGCAAAAACGCAGCCGAAAGAGCGGCCCUCGAAAAAGAGCAGUUGACGGAACAACUUACUUUGCAGGCCAACCGCCUGAGGCGCAUGACGGAGAUGUCUCCGCUGGGCAUGUUCCUGAUCGAUCCGGAUGGGGUCCUCCGAGAGGCCAACGAGAGAUUUUAUGAAAUGACGGGCGUCCCGCGCGACAGGACCGAGACGGAAUUUGCGUGGCUUGAUUUUGUCCAUGACAACAGCAGGGCCCUGGCCGAGGAGGGGUGGGCAAGGCUUGUAAAGGGGGCGACGGACAAGAAUCCCUCGUCCGCGGACAAAUUUUCGUGGUCCACCGAGUUGCAAAUUAGGCAACGCGGCAUAACAACCAGCCCUGUCAACCUGCAGGGCGAUGCCAUCGACUUUUGGGUCUUGAUCAACGCUCAUUCGGAAUUCGCCAGCGACGGGUCCCUCCGUUCCAUCAUGGGCUCCAUUACCGACAUCUCCCAUCUCAAGUGGGCUCAAGGGCUGCAGCAACGUCAGCUUCAGGAAGCCGAAGAGACACGCAGACAGCAAAACGAGUUCAUCGACAUCACCUCUCACGAGAUGCGCAACCCGCUCAGCGCCAUCCUGCAGUGUGCCGACGAUAUUUCAACGGCGCUGGCCGAGUCUUCCAGCACCCAGACGCCCCCAAGGCAUGAGGUUGUCGAGUCUUGCGUCGAUGCCGCCCAGACCAUCGCCUUGUGCGUCCAGCAUCAAAAGUCCAUCGUCGACGAUAUCCUUACCAUCUCCAAGCUCGAUUCAAGUUUGUUGCACAUCACACCGCUCCCUGCCCGCCCUCAGGCGGUCGUCCGCCGUGCCGUGAAAAUGUUCGAUCCAGAGUUGCAGGCCAAAAAGAUCAAGUGCCGCGUCGAGACGGACCCUUCGUACUCUGACUUGGCCGUCGACUGGGUCAUGGUUGAUCAGAACCGUACCCGCCAAAUACUCAUCAACCUCAUCACCAACGCCAUCAAAUUCACAGCCCCCGCCGAGGAACGCAUCAUCACCGUCAAGGUGGCCGCCUCGAGAGAUCCUCCCGACCCGACCUUGACUUGUUCAGAUUUCGAAUACGUCGAGCCCAAGCAUACGCCGACCUCGCACAAUUUUGCCGAGGACUGGCCAGCCGAAGAAACGGUCUAUGUCCGAUUCCAGGUCCAGGACACUGGGUGUGGUCUCAGCAUCCCCGAGAAGCAGAUGCUUUUCCAGCGGUUCCGACAAGCUAGCCCGCGCACUCACGCGCAAUACGGAGGCUCCGGUCUGGGCCUUUUUAUCUCAAAGCGCCUGGCCGAGCUUCAUGGUGGCCAGAUCGGCGUCGCGUCGACAGAAGGCAAGGGCAGUUUGUUUGGCUUCUACGUCCAGGCUCGCAGGGCAGCGCCCUUGGCAGAGGAAGACGCCGCAGUCAGUGAUGCGCAGGGCUUGAGAAUGGAGCAGCAUUUUGGUGCAGACUCUUCCACCCUCGCCACCUUGAACGUGACACCGCAACGGCAGGAUUACGCCGGUGGUUUGGCCGGACCGGAUAACAAUAUGGUGGUCAGGAGCAAGUCCAGCCCUGCUGUCCUCAAUGAUCUUGCCGCCGCCGCCGAGACGCAGCCGAAAAUUCUCGACCCACGGGAGCUGCACGUCUUGGUGGUUGAAGAUAACCUGAUCAACCAAAAGGUAUUGGCUAGCCAACUUCGCAAAGCCGGAUGCACGGUACACACGGCCAACGACGGGCUGGAGGCACUGGAGUUCCUCGAAACCACAGCUUUCCGGGUAGGCAACGUGCGGCUGUCGGUAAUCCUCAUGGACCUGGAAAUGCCAAACAUGGACGGCCUCACCUGCGUAUCCGAGAUUCGGCGAAUGGAGGUGGACGGCAGGAUCGAGACGCACGUCCCCGUCAUCGCAGUCACGGCCAACGUGCGCGACGAGCAGGUCACCGAGGCGCGGAGGAGCGGCAUGGAUGACGUCUUGAGCAAGCCGUUCCGGGUGCCGACGUUGUUUGACAAGAUUGGUGCUUUGUUGCUGGGAGGGGCAAGGGGCUGAGGAGUUCUUUGGCGCGUCUGGUAUUUUCUGUGCUUUUCAUCUUUCAUAUUAGCAAGGUGUUUGGGGGAUCAACGGGGUUUGCACAGUAUACGAUAAUGCAAAAGGUGCAUAUCUGGGCGGAGUUUGCUGGCUUGUGUGGUUAUUUGUUAGUAGCAAUACAAGGAGAUGUAUGGACUUGUGUAGCCAUAAUGUAAGGUGACGGAAAGGUGACGAGAGA